AGUUUAGACAGAUGGAACUGAUUCGAGAGAGGGAGCUAUUAGGAAAGAAAGACCAUGAGCGAAUGUGGGCCCUUCGAAUGAGGUUCUUGGACCAGUGUAAACAUUACUUUGGUGUACCGUAUGCCAAGCGGUACCAAACCAAAGGAACUCCAGAGUACGACGCCCCAUUCUUCUUAGACUGCUGUGGUCUGGUGAGGCGGGUCUUGAUGGAUUUGAAAGAAGAUUUUGGUUUUAAGGUUGACAGCUGGAACCAAGCCUAUCAGUAUGACAUCCUACCUAUCACCAUCACAGAAGAAGAGAUGAAACCUGGUGACUUAGUCUUUAUCUCAGGCACCUACUUCAAUAAGAAAUCUAAGAAGCAGAAGCAUGACAUGGUGCACGUGGAAGUGUGGUUAGGUGAUGGACCCAAGACCAUCGGAGCACGCUGGCAGAAGGGCAAGGUUCAAGUCUUUGAUUCCUACCGCUUUGUUUCCAAGUCCUAUCACAAUAUGGUCUACCACUUCAAGUCCAUUGAUACAUGGCUACAAGGCAUCUGUAGAAGCUACUGCGAUGAGCACCCAUGGACGAGAACCAAAUACAAACCAGGCAAGAAAUCAAUCUUCUCUCUACAAAGGAAGCAGAAAGGAGAGGAGGAAGAGGAACUUGAAGAAGCCGCGGAUGCUAGUGAUGCGGACGAGGAACAAGAACCAAAUGAUGCAGAAGAGGAGGAGAUGGAGAGAGAGGAGAAGAGAGACAAGCAGGGGGAUGUAGAUGGAUCUGACAGAGAGGAGGUUAGGCUACGGACUAAAAUGAGUAAAGACCAAGAACAGACGGUAGAAGAAGCUAUGGUCAAGCUGAGCGUGGAAACAAGUGGACCUAGCAUCGAUUGUCAUGGCAACCAUGAAGAGAUGGAGAAUGACCUGACCUCCCUCGACGAGGAGUUUCCUCCUGAGCUUGAGCAAGGAGACGGUGAGGAUAAAAGAGAUGAUAAUGAUUAUAUUGAUGGUAACUAUGACGAUGCAUUGGGUUAUGAAGGUGCUUAUUACCGGACUGAUGCCCAAAUAGAGGAUAGUUUACGCGAAGAUAACCAGCACAAAGAUGAAGGUGAACCCUCACCACCUGCACCAGCGGACACCAAGACAAUGAGCGAACCUUCAGAAUCCUUCAAUACCUUAAAUAAUCCAAACUCCAACAACAAUAACAGCAAUAACGAUGCCGAUUGGGGUUGCUAUGACAACAACCCAAACAGCAAGGAGGGAGAUGGAGGCAAAGGAGGGUCUACUUCCUGCCCUUCUGGUGAGGCAGGUGGUUUGGGAAGAGGAGAAAAUGGAAGCAAGACGGGCAAGGACUCUUCAAAGUCCAAGGAGAAGAAAGACGGGAAGAAUGGAGACAGAGGAGGAGGAGGGGGAGGAGGGGGACGGGAGAGGAAGAGUCCCGGGGAUACCAGCGGGAGGAAGUCUGUCAUGCAGGUGGAUACAUCACCAACGUUCUACAUUGGUGGAAACAAUGGAGUAUCAUUGAUCGAGGGAGCAUUAGUGACGAAAGGUUGGCGUAGAAUGACGGAGAAGCAUAGCAAUCAGUUCAGGUUGAAGUGGGUAGAGCUUCGGAGUAGCAUCAACUUCAACGCUUUCAAACCAGGUGAACAACUUGUGAACCGCAUCCCAAACAGUGGUGGUAUCCUCGGAACCAAGACUGGUCUCUUCAACACUCUGAGGGAGUACGAGAGGGUGUGUGACAGGACCAGAGGAGGGGGUAGAUCUAAGUAUGGUCUCAAAAUAGACGAGUUCUUCCCAGAAUCCUAUAUCUUGGACUUGAAACCUGAUAGAGAUGUUUUCUUACAGACUUUCAAAGAGGGAGAGAUUUGGAUCAGCAAGCCCAACGGUAUGAACCAAGGUAAAGGCAUCUAUCUGGUGAGAGACAUAAGUCAGCUUCAGGAGAGGUAUCGACAACGAGAAGAAGAAGCUACCUCUAGUAAGGCCAUGCAGAGGAGGACCAGAGGACAAGGAACAGGACAGAGACUUAUCCAAAGGUACAUUCCUAACCCCCUGCUCUUGAAGAACAAGAAGUUUGAUGUGCGAGCCUACAUGCUGAUUGCCUGUACCAAUCCCUACAUUGUUCUCUACCACAAUGGAUAUCUUCGUCUAUCAUGUGAGGACUAUGAUCCUGAGAGUACUGAUAUCUCUACACAUCUUACCAAUCAGUUUGUUCAGAAGAAAAACCCUAACUAUCAGGAUAUCAAGGAAGACACCGUAUGGAGCAUGGAUGCAUUCAGUGACCAUGUCAAUCAACAUCUGGCUGAAGAUAAAGGCCUUCCUAAGGAUUGGGUCAAAGGAUUCUUCCAGAAACGAAUGUGUCAGAUCAUGAGCCAGUGCUUCCUUGCAGCUAAGAACAAACUUGAUACAUCUCUAGGAUACUUUGACCUUCUUGGCUUUGACUUUCUCCUUGACACUGAUAUGAAGAUAUGGUUGUUAGAGAUUAAUGUGAAUCCAGCUCUGCAUACAAACUGUGAGGUUCUUAAGGAACUCCUACCAGGAGUGGUUGAUGAAACAUUAGAUAUUGUGAUUGAGAUCCAAGAGAAAGUCAAACGGAAGCAACCCAUAAUGCCUCUGUCCAAGCGACGUCAAUACCAGCUCCUCUAUGAUGAUACCUCAGGUGGAAGCGUACCCAGCAUGCGACCUCCGACCCGCAAGGCCAUGCCUAGCAGCACCUCGACUAACGAGGGCAGCACAACCUCCAGAUCAGCUCGUAGUUCAGUCAGCCCACAGAGAGCUAUCUCCAAGGCCAAGUCGUUACCAAGGCAGGUCAUGUUUUCACCAAGACAGGUCGGCAAUGCUACAUCGAGACAGGUCAGCAAUACCACGCCGAGACAAGUCGGCAAUUCCACACCGAGACAGGUCGGCAAUUCCACACCGAGACAAGCUGGCAAUACCACACCUAGGCAAGUCGGCAAUGCCACACCCAGACAGGUCGGCAAUGCCACACCCAGACAGGUCGGCAAUACCACACCAAGACAGACUGUGACAUCACCCAGACAGACAUCGACUAUUCCACCAAUUGUCACGAUGCCAAACAGAGGACCACCGCUACUUCAUGGAGGACAGCUACCGGUGGUGAAGCUCACGUUAAGAAAGAAUGUUACCCCUCUGGCUCCUCCUGUUGUUACGAUGCACCAAGGGGGCGCUGUUUCACUGAAGAAGAGCGAGACUGAAGUGACGGAGGCAACAUCCAAAGUGAAGUCCAUCAAGUUGUGAAUAUAUGAAUCAUGUCUCUUAGAAUGUUAUUUAACCCAUUGGCUACUGCAACCGGAUGGUCCCUUUGUUACGUCUAUGAGAAUGAGGAAAUUCAGUAGGCAAGGGGUUAAUCAUAUCAAGGGGUUAU